AUGAGUGCGUCCUCGAGGCCCCGGAACGAAAUGCCGUGGUCCGGAGCGGACUCGUGGGUGCCGAGGGUGUUGGGCCGCGGUCUCGGAACCACCCGGAGUCCCAGCCCCAGGGGGGGUCUGUGCGGUCCCAAGGCGCGCGCCUUGGGGAGCGCCCGGAACUCCAGAGUCGUGGAAGGGGACGACGCCCCCGGCCAGUCGCCCUACGAGCGGUUAAGUCAGAGGAUGCUGGACAUUUCCGGGGACCGGGGCGUGCUGAAGGAUGUCAUCCGAGAGGGAGCUGGAGAUUUGGUGACACCUGACGCAUCGGUGCUUGUGAAAUAUUCUGGAUACCUGGAGCACAUGGACAAGCCCUUUGAUUCAAAUUGCUAUAGGAAAACCCCUCGGCUGAUGAAACUGGGAGAGGAUAUCACACUGUGGGGCAUGGAGCUGGGCCUUCUGAGCAUGCGCAGAGGGGAGCUGGCUAGGUUCCUGUUCAAGCCGACCUACGCCUAUGGCACCCUGGGCUGCCCCCCGCUCAUCCCUCCCAACAGCACUAUCCUGUUCGAGAUUGAGCUGCUUGACUUCCUUGAUUCUGCCGAGUCAGACAAGUUCUGUGCCCUCUCAGCUGAGCAACAAGACCAGUUUCCACUUCAGAAGGUCCUCAAAGUGGCAGCAACUGAGAGGGAGUUUGGUAACCACCUUUUCCGCCAGAACCGCUUCUAUGAUGCCAAAGUGAGGUACAAGCGGGCCUUGAGGCUUCUCCAUCGGCGGUUAGCACCCCCUGAGGAGCAGCACCUGGUGGAGUCAGCCAAGCUUCUUGUUCUCCUUAACCUGUCCUUUUCAUACCUGAAGCUUGACCGACCUGCCACGGCCCUGCGCUAUGGAGAGCAGGCUCUGAUCAUUGACCAAAGGAAUGCCAAGGCCCUCUUCAGGUGUGGACAGGCUAGCAUCCUCCUCACCGAGUAUGAGCAGGCCCGCGAUUUUCUGGUUCGAGCUCAGAAGGAGCAGCCCUUCAAUCACGACAUCAAUAACGAGCUAAGGAAACUGGCCAGCUAUUAUAGGGACUACGUGGAUAAGGAGAAGGAGAUGUGUCAACGAAUGUUCGCUCCUUUCGAAAAUGGCUCCGUGGCGGGAGGACACUGA